AUGAACGAGGCUAUUGUCAAAGAAGAAGUUAUCGAAGAAGUGUGCAACUUUACGUUCAGAAAUGGUGAAUACGUCGAAUUAAAACAAGAAGAAAAUAAGCAAAAGUCUGAAAAACUUCUGAAACGAGGAAUCAAAACGGAGACAAAUGAGGAUUUUCUCGAAAACGUCGGACGGAAGCCGAAAGAAUGUGGCUCUAAAAUUGAGAAUUUAUCAACGGAAUUCAGUACUCUAAUAUGCAAAAUAUGUCAGAAGAGAAUGCCAAGAAAUCUUUUGAAAUUUGUCAAGUCGGACGAGGAUAAAAUUGUGCUGUCGGAAAAUUUCGAAAUUAAAGGAUCUCUGGGGACAAGGACAUCAUAUGUCUGUUAUUCUCAUAUUCAAACGAUUAUUGACGAUAAUGACAAAAAAAUGAAGUUACCAAAAACUCCAUAUGAAAAACUUUUGCGCUCAUUCAUCACCAAAAACAAAUAUAUAAUAAAAGAGAAAACACGAAGUCGUACUUGCCAAGUUUGUCACAUAAUUGAAGACUGCACUCGAUUGUAUACAGUGAGCUCCAAGAGUGUUCGAAUGGUGAUCAUGAUUGGAUGCAUUCUACGUGGCACUCAUUCAAUCGAUCAAGCAAUUUCUUACAUAACGAAUACCAAUGGGAUGACAUGUUAUUCACAUUGUAAAGAGUCGAUUGACAUGGUUUUUGAGCAUUUGGGAGUCAGAAAUAUUGAGGAAUUUUCAAAAUGCCCCAUACACGCGAUGGACGGUUUGAUGGGUAUUGCGAAGAGUGUCGAUUCGAAUUUUACAGUAGAUCAAUUCAUUCUUGCAUCACACUCACUUUAUCUGAAAAAGCCGAAAAUUCCGAGUAAUGAACGACGCUAUAGUCAAAGAAAAAGUCAUCGAAGUUGUAAUUUUACGUUCAAAAAUGGUGAAUACAUCGAAAUGAAACAAAAAGAAAUUGAACCGAAACCUGGACAUCUCCACGAACAAGAAAUCAAAACGGAGACGAUCGAUUUUUUUGAAGACGUCAAACCGGAGCCGAAAGAAUGUGAUUAUCCUAUAGAGAUGGUGUCCAAAGAAGCCAAUACUUUUCAAUGCGAAGUUUGUCAGAAGAGGAUGCCAAGAAAUUCUUUGAAGUUGAUCAGGUUAGAGGACGAUAUGAUUAUACUUACUGCAGUUUUCAAUGUUGAAUUAUUCAUGGGAUCGGAUCCGGACUAUGGUUGUGUUUUCCAUAUUCGAAAGAUUAUUCACGAUAUGGACGGCAGAGUGAAGAUACCGGGAAAUUCGGAAGGAAAAAAUUCGGAAGGAAAUAGACUCGUGCUUUCUGAAAUGUUCAAUGUUGAAUUAUUCAUGGGAACGAAUCCGAACUAUGUCUGCGUUUCUCAUAUUCAGAAGAUUAUUCACGAUAUUGACGAUAAUUUGAAUUUACCGUUAAAUCCAUCUGACUACGUUAUGCGCUCAUUCGUCAGAAGAAACCGAUAUUUGAUGAAAGACAAUAAUUCAAGAAGAGGAAUUUGCAAAGUUUGUCACAUGUCCAGAGACUAUUCGGAAUCAUAUCAUAUUCGUUCAAAGGGUGUUCGAAUGGUGAUUAUGUUUGGAUGCAUUCUACGUGGCACUCAUUCUGUUGAGCAGAUGAACGAAGCGGUUAUUAAGGAUGAAGUCAUCGAAAAAACAUGCAAUUUUACGUUCAGAAAUGGCGAAUACGUCGAAAUAAAACAAGAAGAAGUUGAACUGGAACCUGAAAAUCUGCUAGAAAAAGAAAUCAAAAUGGAGACGAAUGACGAUUUUUUUGAACAGAAUAAUUCAUAUGAAUUUUUUGAAGAGGUCAAACUGAAGUCGAAAGAGAAAGAUUUCAAUAUUAAGAAAAGGUCCAAAAAAGUCGGUUUUUUUCAAUGCGAAAUUUGUCAGAAGAUGAUGUCAAGAACUCUUUUGAAAAUGAUCACAUCGGAAGAGGACAAAACUGUGCUGUCUGAAAUUUUCAAACUUGGAAGAUCUCUGGAAAAAAGGACCUAUGUCUGUUUAUCUCAUAUUCAAAAGAUUAUCGACGAUAACAAAGGAAUACAAACUUCUGAGUACAUUAUGCGCUCAUUCAUUAGUAGGAACAAAUGUUUGAUGCAAGUCAAAAAAAAAUCGAUAAUUUUAAUAAUUCCAAAUUGCAGGAGAAACAGGAAAUCAAGACGUAAUUGCAAAGUCUGUCACAUGUCCAAGGACCUUUCUGAGUUAUAUCACAUUUAUUCGAAGAAUGUUCGAAUUGUGUUAAUGGUUGGGUGCAUUCUAAGUGGCACUCAUUCUGUGAAGCAAGCAAUGGAUUAUACAACGAAUAUCAAUGCAGCCACAUGUUAUUCCCAUCGCAAAGAGUCGAUUGACAUCAUUUUUGAACAGUUGAAAAUCGAAAAUAAACAGGAAAUUUUUCAGUGCCCCGUACCCGUGAUGGGUAGUUUGAUGGAUAUUGCGAAGAACUUCGACCCGAAUUUUACAGUAGAUCAAUUUAUUCUUGCAUUCAACAAGCUUUCUAUGAAAAGACCAAACGUUUGA